AUGGAAGGUAGACAGGUGUGCAGUGAAUGGAUGAUAAAUAAUAAUAAUAAUGAUGAUGAGGGAACUGGGUCACCAAUAAUGGGUAACUACAUGAAAGACAGACGCGUGGCGGACAGGAAUGGAGGUAUUAGAGAAAAAGACAAGGGUAAAUGGGUGGAUGAGUUUUUGAAUGAAGUGAAUGUUGAGGGAAUUGAAGAACGCCAAAAUGGAAUGGAUGGACGUAGUGUGUGCUUUCUUAAGCAUUCAGAUAGUUGUUAUCCUCCACAUGGGUGUAAAUGCACGGAGCAAUUGAGAUCACUUUUUUUCCCUGAACGUAACUUUAUUAGUACGAUAAAAUGUUUUGUUCGAAAUAUUGAGAGGCAUCGGCUGUUUUUUAAAUUCUCGGUUUUGGCAAAGUGGCAUUUCGUGGCUUGGCUAAUUCAACUUCGCCAUUUAGCAAAAGGGAAUUUGAAAAUAAUUGAACCACUUCCUAAGUCACCUGCAUACUUCUUGAGGUGUCUCUUUGAUGGGCCACUUACCUAUUCAAAUUUUCGUCUAAGUCACGCUGCAGUCUUCCCACUACUGUACAUUUACGGUUUUGCAUUAAAGCUGCCAGUGCUCCAAGAUCUGGAAAUCAAAUCAUAUGCACUUUGUCAAAAUAGUGCAUGCUUCUUGAAUUUGAGAAUGGCAUAUCAAAAUGAUAUAUCUCAAUAA